UGAAGGCAAUCGGUCCAGGACCCAUUUUUUCCGCUUUCGCCGCAGCCGCAAGUUUCGUUUUUGACGUCAUAACCCGUUCAAUGUCAACAUGGCGGCCAGCAUGUCUGAGCGACCGAUCUUCUCCGUAGAAAUGCUCAUCGACGCAAUUAAGCAGCACCCCAUACUAUACGACAAACGGCACUUGAACUUCAAAGACAUUGCCUACAAAGAGCAGCUAUGGGACAAGAUCGGGAAAGAAAUGGGAGUGAGUGGUUCGCUGUGUCAAAAAAAGUUUAAGAACCUGAAGGACACAUUUGCAAAGAUUCGAAACCAAAUUCGAACAAGCAUGAAGAGCGGAGCCGGCGCCGCAGACGUCGCCACUAUAAAGUGGAAACACUUUCUGUCAAUGCAAGCAAUAAUGGAGCCAAUUUCAGAAGAGCCAAUGUGAGUGGAGCAAUUUUCCAAAAUCUACACGAGCAUUUGUAUCCUUGCUUGUUGUAUGUUAUCCAUGCAAAAACCCAGGAGGGAACAAAACCUACA